GGGGUCCUCGCGGCGCGUCCGUGACCUUCAGGGGCCUUCGCCGAGCGUCUCCGGGCGCUCGCCGGUUGUCGCCUCCCCGCCGUCGCUGCCUCGGCAUGGCGCAGGCCGCGCAGAAGCUGCUCAAGACCGUCACCACCAAGGGGCCGCAGCUCGUCCUCGAUGCUGUCACUUAUUCAAAGCCUCGGCUGGCCACUUUCUGGUACUAUGCCAGGGUUGAGCUAGUUCCCCCAACUCCUGCUGAAAUCCCUAAGGCCAUUGAUGGCAUGAAAUCCCUGGUGAAGGGCUUCCAGAGUGGCCGCCUGGCGCAACUCACAGUCAAGGAAGCUCUGAGGAAUGGUUUGGUGGCUACUGAGGUGCUGAUGUGGUUUUACAUUGGUGAGAUCAUAGGCAAAGGUGGCCUGAUUGGAUACAAUGUCUGAAAGCCUUUCUGCUUUCGAGUCCUAAUGGUGUCUUAAGAUAUUAAAUUAUGACACUGAGAUGGAA